UGUUAACAUUGUGCACUACUUACCAUCAGCUAGCCUCCAUCAAUACUGGCACAGGAGCACCAAGAAGACAUGCAGUCUGUCGAGCCCAAGCACCAAAAGAGCUGCCUUACUAUGGCUCUGGCCCAGUAUACCUCUGCAGUCCGCAACAUGGAGCACACAGUUAUGCUACCCAGCCUCCUCCGAGAUGUUACCUUAGAUGAAGAGAGCGCCAUGGCUGAUGCCAAGGACCUGUAUGAAUGUUACCUUAUGCUGAAAUCAAUCAGGAAUACUGUUGAAAGUGGUCUGAUGCCGCUGGAUGACUGGAAAACCAAGAGCCUUCACUUCACCAAGGAAACUCAGAACUCUGAAAUCACAGAUCCAGAAGCUAUCUUCUACUUGCAUCUGAAAGGACUUUACUCCGUGCUUAACAAUCUGACGAAAAAAUCUCAAUCCCUGACCAAACGAUACAAGGAUAUAAUUGGACUGGCCAAUUAAAACACAACUUUAGAAGAUAUGCUGGUGUAAGCAGCAAAUACAGAAGACUUUAAUGCUUCCGAUUUUGUAAAAAAGCUACUGCAAGAGACAGAAAAUUACACUGAGCAACUAACUGUAAGAUGUCUACAGAAAAUGUAGUCUUGUCAACAGCUUUUCAGGCAACACCUGAAAUAAAUAUACAACAUUUUGUGGCCUAUUUGGCAUAAAAAUAUAAUAAAGCCCCGUUUAAGUCCUUAA